AGGACCUCCUGCUCAGCCCCUGCGACCCCGAGAAGGUGCCCUCCGAUCGCAUGAAGGCGAUGGCGGUCUACGAGCCCUCCGAGCGGGUCCUGGGGCUGACGAGGCUUCUCAAGUGCAGGGCCUUCCGCGUCGUGCCGCCGAGGGGCUGCUCGCGGGCCUGCCCGUGCGCCUCGGAGGAGUACAUGGACACGCCUGGCGUGAUGACCUGCUUCAUCGUGGACCGCUGCACCUCCGACGGCUGCCGCAUCUGCCCCGUGCUGCUACGGACCGAGCUGCUGUUCGACCUCCCGAGCCACCUGCGGGUGAAGGCGUGCGAGUGCCAGCUGGACGCGUUCAUGGCGAUGCUGAGCGACAUCGGGCAGCUGGAAGAGUGGAGGUCGAGGUGGUGCGACGUCGCGAGCACAGUCGCGGCACAAUCUGCCCUCGGAGAGUCUCAGCGGCGAGCAGGCGCUUCCGGGAGCGGGAGAGUCGUUGGCCGAGGCUCUCCGCCGCGCGCCCCGCUCUUCGGGGCGGCCUCCUGAGCCGAGGUGCGCGUCGGUCAGUCCGUCGGGAGGCGGAGGCGGCGGCGGGGCGCCGCUGCCGUGCGCGCGGGCGCUUCCCGUGCGCCCGUGGGGUCCAGCAGCCGUGCGUCGUCGCCGCGAUCGGCGAUCGAGGAGGCACUCGAAGACGAGGAGUAUGACGGGUAACCUUCCC